AUGUUCCACACCAAACCAUGGUUCGAAGCAGAUAAGAGUGCACACGGCUACGAUGGCCCACUCCACGCUGAGCCGCACGAUCUGGCGAGAAUAUCUGAACGAGUGCUAAAAUCGUUGGAAUCGAAAGGACUACCACUUGUUCACGACAUGCUUACGAAUGGCGAAACACACAUGGCUGCGGCCAUGCACCACGCACAGUUAUGA